AUGUCGAGCGCAGUUCGAACUUUAUUUCUCGUAGGGAUCAAGCAGGUAACUUUAAUCAUUGUAGUUAGCUUGAACUACUUCAUUCCGACCCGAUAGCCUUCGAAAAGACAUUGUUGUGUGAAUCCCUGUUUGCCCUUUGUAAAAGAGACUAAGUUUAAUUUCUGUAAUCAUUUGCUGCAUAUGCUUGCAUCAAACUGCACAUUAAUGAAUUGUUCACGUAUUCGUGAGUGUAUGUGCAGUAAACUAUAUAGACUGACCAGCUAAACAGAGACCUUAUUUUCGUGCCUGAAACCAAGUCUUACACCAAUGCCGAAUCCGCUGCUUUAUCAUGACGCCUCUUAGUAAGUUAGGCCACAUGAUCGUAGCCGUCUGAUUUAAACGAGGCAGAGAACGUAAUUACUAUUUGGGCCGAAAUUAAUAUACACUUUUUCUGUAUUCUGGAUGACGUUGAGUUAUAGGUCGGCCUUGAAAUACUGAUGAAUACCUCAUAAACUUCAGCUUCUUUAUUCAGUUGUCCAUAAAGGCUAAUCCCCUAUUAAAAGUUUAUCUGACAUGGCAAGGGGGGGACAAAAACAACAAAUAUCAGGCGUCCCCCUGCGCAUUUUUUUUCGGUGGGGGAGCACGAGGGGACGACCGCGGAUCUGCCCCGUCAUAGCCCCUUCACAGCCCGUCAUAGCCCCCUCGUGAGGCGGGGCUGUGAGGUGGCACAAGGGGGCUGGCGCGGGCAGGGAAAUAUCUUCUUUAUGAAGUGCCCUUUACAAACUGUCCGACGCUAACUCUGACCAUGCGUAAACUCCCUAGUCAGGAAACUACCAGCAUGUGAGUUUCGUUUACGUCAUUUAUAAGAUUUUUGAGAGGAUCUAGUACCUCUAAAACGAGUCGUUUUCAGCCUAUGAUAAAUUCCUAAAUUGCGAUGUAGUCAGUAUUUUUUAAAAAAGGGAACAGAACUGCACACGUGCUCACCUAUGCAGCUGGCUUAUACGAGGCUCUGACGGUAGGUUAUUAAACCUUUACUAAGCGCUGACAUUGGAAUGACACUGCAGUCUGUGUCUACAAAUGCUUGAAGGUAGUUCCGAACGAUUAUUGAUAAUACAAACACGAUUUACUGAACAGGCAAGAUCUUUCCAACCACAAAGGCCUAGUCCUCUUCAAUGUGAGUAUGGACUCAUAGUAGGGACGCAAACCCCCCAUUUAUUGUUAGGAGGCGGUGCUGAGCAUGUACUAGCAUUCGGUCAUGAGUACUUUUUCGCUUACUGACUGAGCAGCAUAUUUUUCCCGUUGUAAAUACUGCUGAGCCCAGGCAGUUAAGACAAUGGCUAAAUUUCCUCUAGAGCACAAACAGCUCUUCCAUAUUCUCAUGUAACCUGGUACUGAUUUCUUGCCGAAACAUAGGGAAGGUGUGGAUCCACGUCACUGAAUUUUAGUUAAUAUCAUCGUGCAGCGACACUUCAACUCGGUGGAGCAAUUCGCUGACGGAAUUCUGAAUGACACCGUCCUUCCCCUUCAUAAUGAGUUAAUGGCUGCAAAAUCCUUACGCCCCAUGCGUCGAUGCUUCCGCCACAUCCCUUGCCGCACUUCGGCCUAUCGGAAUUCCAUACUGCCAUUUCUAGCCCGGUAUCUCACCUGCAAAGAUGUUGAAAAACAAAAACUUAAACUCGAUCUUGCACCUUAAAGUCCUUUUUUCUCCAUAUAUGAUUAUGUCCACCUGUCCAAUACCUGUUAACCUCUAUGGUAAUCACUGUGUACUGGAGAACCGUUUUUGCUGAAAGUUUUGAAAGUUAUUUUCAAAAUAAAGCAUUCCUCUCUCUCUCUCUCUCUCUAAUCCACUGGAAGAACAAAAAAGAAUUAUCAUGACAGGACAGGUUGUCCCAUGUGGUUUUGGAAGCACUGUUUAAUGAGGAAGAGUUCGUUUUGUGCGUUGACAUCAACUGCAAACGUUUGUUAAAGUCGUGUAUAGAUAGCCGUCGUUGUCUAUUUUAAAGUUCAGCGAAUAUUAAAGUUGUUGAGAAAUCGACAAUCGGAAUAACCCCCCUCGCCAAUAUUGAUGACGAUUACUCUAGUUCCUACCCUUUUGCGUUGCGUGAAGCUACCUCAACGUCAGUAUUUAGUGCCGCGUGUUGUGUUUCUUAUAGGAAGAACCUGCUGCCGCGGAAAAACAUGACAAGGGGACACGCAACGUAAUCCCACCAGUCUGUGUGACGUGAUUGUAUUGGUUUUAGGUUACUGGGUUAGUGCGGCCAAGACUACACGUAAGGUCUAAUUGAACCUACAUGAGGUUGAAUUUGCUGAUAGCGUCAGUGUCGACGAUUCCUGACCCGGCGGGAUUCUGAAUCCAGUGAAAGUGACGGGGCCAGUAGUGGUGAUGAAUGGCAUCCACCCUCAUCUCCUUCAGCAUCUUCACGUCAAUCAUCUAGAACCAGAAAUAUACGAUGUACGACUUCGUCAGUAGUGCCCACAGAAGAAUUGAGUUCAGUGACAUCUUCUUGCCUUUCCGACGCAGCAUCUAAUGAAGGAGCGCAUUUGGAGACAAGGCCUUUAGGUUUUGUCAUUUACCUUCUUACGCUACAAAAUUUCGAUAGAGAUACUGCGUCCUAAAGAUGAAGCAGAAGAACCUUCCGUCGAGGAACCUCUGAGGGAACCGGUAGAUUUCCGUCGUUUGUGUGAGUGUUGUCUAUUUUUCUACCUUUCCUACAUUGCGUUUGUUUCUUUUCUCUCCCCAUACCCUCGCCGCCUAGCAAUGCAGUGA